AUGACACUAUCCCAAACGUCGCUGGCAGCGGCCUACCUAGCCUCCACGGUGGGAGCCUACGUGGCCAUCACGCCUCCAAACCCGAUGCCGAGCGAAAAACCCAACGCCUCAAAAGAUCCCAAGCAUGCUCCCAUCCGAGACUCGAUCCACAUCCUCAACAUCACCCACAACCACAUCAACAAAUUCGUCACUUUCCCACUCGGCCUGCUCUCCCUCCACGCUGCGGCCCUCGCGUACACGUACCCCAACAUCCCGCCCGCGAUCCUCCGCCACGGCGCCCAGAACGGCCUCAACCCAUCCCUCGUCACAUGGUCCGCCUCCACCGCCGUCCCUUUCGCCCUGAUCUUCCUCGCCGGCGUCCCGCUGCGUCUGAUCCCCUUCCGGUCCCUGGGGAAGAACUUCACUUUUGCGCUGACGAAGCCGAGCGGGCUGAAGACGACGGGGAUUUAUCGAUACGUGCAGCACCCGAGCUACACCGGGGUCGUCAUCCUGGUGUUGUGUAACUUGAUGUUGUACGCGAGGAUGGAUGGGGUGAUGAGUUGCUGGGUGUCGCCGGAGAGGCAUCGCGCUUUGCAGGGGAUGGAGUUGAUCUCGUUGGCGGUUGGGGGAUGUAUGUUCUUUGCUGGGGUCUGGACGAGGGUUACGGAGGAGGAGAAGAUGUUGAGGGGGGAGUUUGGGGAGAAGUGGGAGCGGUGGCAUGCGAAGACUGCGAGGUUUGUUCCGUGGGUGUUUUGA